AUGUCAAACACGACGUCGACCAGUAGAUCGCGGCAAAGAAGGACGCGUGAGAGGCAUUUCGCUCUGACAAUAUCAGACAAUGAUCAGAGAAUCCAAGUGGUGCUUCUACAGAGGUCAAAUAGCCACCUGGAUGAAAAGUCAGCAGAAGGUCUAACAGUGAAGGUACGUGUCCCCCGCCUCCCCCGCCUCCCCCGCCGCCGUCCGCGGCCUGGCCGCCAGCGACGCGCGCGCAGCCAGCCUGCUGGCAGCCGGCUGCGGCGGGGCCUCCACACCAGGUACGUGUCCCCCGCCUCCCCCGCCUCCCCCGCCGCCGUCCGCGGCCUGGCCGCCAGCGACGCGCGCGCAGCCAGCCAGCUGGCAGCCGGCUGCGGCGGGGCCUCCACACCAGGUACGUGUCCCCCGCCUCCCCCGCCUCCCCCGCCGCCGCCGUCCGCGGCCUGGCCGCCAGCGACGCGCGCGCAGCCAGCCUGCUGGCAGCCGGCUGCGGCGGGGCCUCCACACCAGGUACGUGUCCCCCGCCUCCCCCGCCUCCCCCGCCGCCGUCCGCGGCCUGGCCGCCAGCGACGCGCGCGCAGCCAGCCUGCUGGCAGCCGGCUGCGGCGGGGCCUCCACACCAGGUACGUGUCCCCCGCCGCCCCCGCCGCCGUCCGCGGCCUGGCCGCCAGCGACGCGCGCGCAGCCAGCCUGCUGGCAGCCGGCUGCGGCGGGGCCUCCACACCAGGUACGUGUCCCCCGCCUCCCCCGCCUCCCCCGCCGCCGUCCGCGGCCGGGCCGCCAGCGACGCGCGCGCAGCCAGCCGCUGGCAGCCGGCUGCGGCGGGGCCUCCACACCAGGUACGUGUCCCCCGCCUCCCCCGCCUCCCCCGCCGCCGUCCGCGGCCUGGCCGCCAGCGACGCGCGCGCAGCCAGCCUGCUGGCAGCCGGCUGCGGCGGGGCCUCCACACCAGGUACGUGUCCCCCGCCUCCCCCGCCUCCCCCGCCGCCGUCCGCGGCCUGGCCGCCAGCGACGCGCGCGCAGCCAGCCUGCUGGCAGCCGGCUGCGGCGGGGCCUCCACACCAGGUACGUGUCCCCCGCCUCCCCCGCCUCCCCCGCCGCCGUCCGCGGCCUGGCCGCCAGCGACGCGCGCGCAGCCAGCCUGCUGGCAGCCGGCUGCGGCGGGGCCUCCACACCAGGUACGUGUCCCCCGCCUCCCCCGCCUCCCCCGCCGCCGUCCGCGGCCUGGCCGCCAGCGACGCGCGCGCAGCCAGCCUGCUGGCAGCCGGCUGCGGCGGGGCCUCCACACCAGAGACGAUAGUGAGCAGGCAGACGGUGGGCGAGAUAAUAUCGAUGUUAAACGAGGCCCUCGCGUCGAGCGACAAGGAGCGCGCAGUACGGGCGACGAACUUGGCCACGCAUAUACUACGCGUUCUACCGGACGCUGACUACCCGCAGUACGAGGACUUGAUGCUGAACUUAUUCCGGCUGGAAUUGGAGGGGGUGCACGAGGAGCAGGAGGAGGAGGAGCGGAAGGAAGAGGAGCGAGGAGGAGCGGACGCGUGGCGGCGCGGACUAACAGCGCUGCGAACACGCACGCCCACCGCCCGCCGCGCGUGUGCCCUGCUGCACCGACACGUGUUCCGCAGUACGGACAAAUUGGACAUACCGAAAAUCGAGCACGCGACCUCGCUGUGCCCGUACCUGGUGUGCGACGGCGGUCCGUCAGAACUGACGGGCUUAAUCUUCGAUUUCCCUCCCCCUCCCCAGACCACCGACCGCCCUACCACUGCACUCGAGCUGUUCGCAUUGCGAUACGACUGCAUCGUCGGCAAACUCAACUGCCCCUUCGACGACGACAACGAGCACAUCAAGCAGAUAGUAGCAGAAUCCUCGCAAGCAGACGUCGAAGAAUUGACAGUAGAAGAUUUUAUAUAUAAUGCCACGAAAAUACUGUUCCGGUCCAUCUAUCUGCGCACCAUGUUGCUACAUACAGCUUCAAUUGGUGAUGAUGAUGACGAUGAUGACACGCCAGAGGACACGUGUAGUACGUUGUUGAACGACGAUUAUCUACGUACUGAGUUCAUGAAAGUUCUAAGGGAUUAUGUAAUUAUUGAGUCGUUGUAUGAAGGCUACGCGUUUUGGCCUUAUUACGAGUUAAUCCAAGAAACUAAAUCAAAAUUGGAUGCUAUAUUGGGAGAAAUCAUUCAGGAAACGCCGAUAUCUUUACGGAAUAAAAUAUUAGUGGAGUUGACCGUACUAGCGGCUAAGGAAGGCUACUAUUGGUCGUACGCGAGACGCUUCUACGACGUCAAGACUAAAGAAUUAGCAAAGUCUUCCGAAAUUGAAGAGUCUGAUGGAGAAAAUGCGACGAUGAACAUUGAUAAUCUGACGGAGGUGGUUACUGGAAAUGGAUUUUGCCAUAGCUUGCAGGCGAACAGCCGGGGGGCGGGGGCCGAGGAGGAGGGGGCGGAGGGGGCGGCGCUGUCCACCGCCCACGUGGUGAUGAUGCGCAGCGUGCGGGCGGCGGAGAGGCUCGCGCCCGCAGACCUCGGACAGCCGGGACCCACAGACCCCGGGCCCGUCAUAGACCUCUACUACGACCGCAACCACAUCAUGCUCUACGACAGGGACAUAUCGGAUGCGCCGUGGGCGCGGGUGGUGAGCAACGCGGCCAUCGCAGAGUACUUGGCGCUGCUGGUGGCGGAGCGCGGCUGGGACAUGCCGGCCCACCACUGGGACUUCACCACCAUCACGCUCUGCUCGCUCUACGCCUCGCUCGACCUCUCCAAGAAGAACUGGGGCUCCGCCAAGGUGGGUCGCGUCUGCUCAAUCGCACCUCUCUAAGGGAUUGAAGAUUGGGGCCUCGGGGUCUCUUUGCCUCGGUGUCGACUCCAGUAGUAACGACCUUUGUACAACUGGAUUACGAAGCUCUUAGUCCAGACUAUUGAAGCUAGGGAUGUAAUUUAACAUAACAU